AUGGCGCAGAACCUCAACCAGGUGCCGGACCUGCUGACGGUGCGGGUCACGGCGGGGCCGUGCGAGGGCGAGGAGAUCACGAAGCAGGGCCGCCGGCUCCGCGUCGGCCGCACGUCCCCGUCGGAGGUGUGCAUCCGCGACGGCUCCGUGUCGGAGAAGCACGCGGUGUUCGAGUGGAACGGCGCGGCUUGGGUCCUGCGCGACGUGGGGUCCUCGAACGGCACGCUCUUCAACGGCGCGCCGCUCGCGGAGGGCUGCGAGGUGGAGGUUCGCAGCGGCGACCGGGUGGUCUUCGGGGGCGACUCCCAGGUCAUCGUGGAGGUGCGGAAGCUGGUGACUGAGGAGAUCACUGUCGAGGAUUACUACAGGGCCGAGGCGGAGCGGUUGAUAUCGCUCGUCAGGUCGGAGGGGGAGGCGGCGGAGCGGGAGCUGGUGCUCGCGAAGCAGAGCGCACAGCACGCAAUCCUAGAGGCGCUAUCGUAA